CAUUCGAACCCACCACAAUGCACUUCGCAAACGUUUCUCUAACUCCAGUAAAAAUGGAACGGGACCAUUACGUGCCAUCAAGUCCAAUUAUCCAUCAAAACUAUCAAAAUCAAUUUUAUUCGAGACCUCCAGGAUGUUUUUUCCAAGAAAAUCGAGAAUUUUAUGACUUUCAAGACAACGGGAUAUUUUAUCAUCAUAAAACGGCGAUGUCGAGAGGGUUUGAAGAAAUUUUUAAUGGGGAAAGAACCGAAUUUGAACAGAAUUGUAAUUAUUGGAUUCCAAGAUGUUCGGAUGCGUGCUGGUUUGGGGGUGGUGAUUUAAAAAGUGCUAGUUUUAAUAAUUUCGUUGAAGAAAGAAAUUUACGAUUUGAUGAUGAAGAAGAUAAAGCCGAAACUAAAAAGAAUGAUGAAGAAGAAAUUUUAAAUAAUUUAAUAGAUGAAAAAUCGAUCGAAACGACAUCAACAUCAACAACAAAACCGCGUAAAGAAAGAACAGCGUUUACAAAACAUCAAAUAAAAGAGUUGGAGGAUGAAUUUAACCACUCGAAUUAUUUAACACGAUUGAGGCGCUACGAGAUCGCCGUCGCGUUGGAUUUAACAGAACGACAAGUUAAAGUUUGGUUUCAAAAUAGGAGGAUGAAGUGGAAACGGACGAAAUGUGGAGGCGAAAGAAGUGGAAAGAAAGAGGAGAAAUGUAAAAUUAAGUCUUAGGGAAUUAAACGAUUGAGAUGUUUUAUUGAUUUUAUUAGUUUAUAAUUGUAUCUAUGUAUUAUUAAGUACUUAAUGCGUUUUUUUUUAAAUAAAGUUUGAUUUUGAUAUCA